UCCCAUCCGGUCGACAUUUAUUGUAGUACCCAUUAAAAAUUAAAGCUCAACCUUCCUAGCGAAAACGUGCGGUUAUAGUAGUGCGCAAGUAGUUGUAUUAAAGGAUAAACACUGAAAGAUGUCAGUACCUCCGGUGGAGAAAGCUCCACCCGCGAACUGGAUCCUGCAGCACCCUGCGUACCGGCAGAUGGAGGCUCUGGAGCCCGCAGACAGCGCGCAGCUGCACGCUGCCUUUCUGGUGUGCAUGGAUCUGACUGAGGUGCGUCGCUGGAAGGAGGUGUCGUCCGUCAAAAGUCCGGAGCUGCGAUUAAUCUUGCUGGAAGGGAAGGAGAAGGAUGGGGCCCCGGUUCACACUGUCCUCCCCCUGCCCGCUCAUCAGUCCUUGAGCCACAGCAGCAUCUGCAGCGUACUGGACAGGGGCUUCCCCGUACUUUUGUGUGCCGUGGCAUCGGACUCCACCCUGGUCUAUCAGAGGCUGACGGAUGGGCUGGUGACCCCGGAGCCCCCUGUGGGCCCCUUUCAGGAUUUGGAUCGACGGCAGCAUCGCAAGAGGCGACAGCACAGCUUCCAGCAGCACAGUGAGAAGAUGAGGGGUAAAAGCAUCCGGAAGAACUCCUGCUGACUCUCAGAGGAAUGGAUGCUCCUGGAAGGAAGACACUGGCUGAGCACGCCUACACCACAACAUGCAACAACAUGACUGACAAAGCAUCACAACUCAGUCAUACUUACAG